AUUUCCUUGCAGCACCACUCCCGGAGCCAUUGCAUCUGCUCGUUACGAGCGACCGGCGCCCUCCGCGACCUUCCGAGCGACCGCGGCUGCUCCGGCGACGAUGGCACCGAAGAGGGGCACCAAGCGCGCGGCGGAGGCGACGAUGUCAGCGACGGAUGAGGCGAAGAAGAUGAAGGAGACCUUGAAGAACUAUGGCGUGAGCAAAACCUGGUACGAUGGCGUGGUGGAGGGGCUUCAAUCUCCUGUCGCUGAGGACCCCCUCUCUGUGCGGAAGAUGCUGAUCGCGAUGCUCCCUGAAGGCCUUUGUGUGCCCGCCGACCAGCGUCACGCCUACCAGACGGCGAAUGUGCAGAUGGUCUCAGAGAGCUUGCAGAAGGUCAUUUGCAAGUUGGAGGAGAAGCUGGCCACGGCGUCUGCGGAAGUCGACCGCAUUGAAGCUUCCAAGGGAGAGUUGCAGAGCAAGGUCGACGCUGCGGAGGAGGCCUUGGGCACGGCCUUGGAGAACGAGCAGAGUUGCAAGCUGCGCUUGGCCGACGUGACGCGCACCGUGAUCUCUUGCAAGUCAGCGGUGUCGGGUGCCGAGACGGCUCAGCGGGAGAAGGCUCAGGCACGUGAGAAGGCCUUGGAGGAGAAGGCACAAGUGGAGGCUGUUUUGGCCGAAGAGUUUCGUCUCCUGUGUGACGGUGAGGUCCAGGGGCAGGAAGCUCAGGCCCACUAUGGGAAGUUGGAAUCCCUGGCCAAGCAGGUUGGCUUUGAAGCAUCACUCCUCACGGCGCUGCCGACCUCCAUCCUGAAGGAGCCGGCCAGUCGCGGUUCCUUUGACGCCAUGGUGGUGGCGCAGCUGGCGGAGGGCCUCGGCAAGCGCCUGAGCGCCCUGAAGGAGGAGCUUUUGGCGUCCGAGCCAGGGGCCACCGCGGCGGCGCAGGCGGUGGAGACGGCCCAGAAGGAGCUGCAAGUGGCAUUCGAGCAGCAGCAAGUGGAGGCUGAGAAGUACAAAGCAGCUCAGGAGCUCCGGGCCUCGGCCGAGACGGCCAAGAGCCAGGCGCACGCUGAGGCGGCGGAGCACGAGCCCUUGCUGCGGCAGGCGGUGCAGGCGCGCCUGGAGGCCGAGACAGAGGUGGAGAGCUUCAAGAACUACAACUGGGCCUGCUUCGAGAAGCUCCGUGACCAUCAACAGCUCAGCUCGGCGCAGAGGGCCGUGGAGGCGCAGAUGGAGGUGGAGGCUGCCGAGGCCGGCGCCUGAAGCGCAUGAGGUCUUUCCUCGUGUCCGACUCCUGAUUGUUGGAUGAUGCACCAAAUUCAUAUCCGAUGCCCGGUCAUAGAAGAAAAAGCUUCGAGCAAGGGCAAUUCAGUUGGAAGUACAGCUGGUGUGCACAGAUGAGUCAGGCGAAUUAUAGCCUGCGUUUGCUUGUGGGCUUGAGCAAACAUCAAGACCCAUCUGUGUCUUUGGAACGUGCCGAUUGUGUGUGAAAGACCUUGAUGGAGGGAUGGGGUCAGAGGUGUUUUUCAUUCACAACAGCAGGCUGAAGGUCCCUUCAAUUUGAGGCCACCAUCAACAGCGCUCCAGGUCCAUGACAAUUUCUUGUUUCUUCU